AUGGCUAUAAGCUACCCAAGACCUGGAAAGCUUAUUAGUCGUAAUGUCUCCUGGUUUCCCUCAUUGAGCAACAAAACAUGGAAAAUUUUGGCAAUCGUGGGAAUAGUCAUAGCCUGCAUAAUAGGAUUAUGGAUUUUGGGCUCUCUACUGCGAUGCUGUGCACAGGGAGUUGGUGGAUGUUAUGAAUUUUGUUUUUUCUGCUCGCCACGCUCGAAGCAACGACGUUCUGCUCAACGACCAAUUCCACAAUCAGCACCUUACAGUGCUCCUAUGGUGAUUUACCAGCCGAUCAUGGAGCCCAAAAGUACUUAUUAUCAUGAAGUGCAUUACGAUCUAGAGUCUCAGAGGCCUUCGUAUGCUCCGCGAGAAGAAAGAUACGAAUUCGGCGACUAUCCAGCUCAUAGCUCGAGAAAGAAAUACUGA